AUGUCCAAGCAAGAGCCCGCCGAUCAGGUCAAGUUCCUUGUGUCCUGCAUUGGACACACCACCAACGGCCGACCCGACUUUCAGUCCGUCGCUGAUGAGCUCUCCAUCGUCUCCAAGGCUGCUGCCCAGAAGCGAUAUGAGCGCAUGCUCAAGGCCCACGGCAUCAGCCGUCCCGGAGCCCUUGCCAACGGCGAUGCCACUCCUCCUACCACUCCCACCAAGCGCAAGGCCAAGACCGAAGGUCCCGGCAGCGCUGCCAAGCGAACUCCUCGUUCCAAGGCCAAGAAGGAGGAUGACGAGGAGGAAGACGUGAAGCCCAAGGUCUCUGCCUCCAAGCUCAAGGCCAAGCCCAAGAUCAAGAAGGAAGCUGAGAAGGAGAAGGAGAAGGAAGAGAAGGAAGAGAAAGAGGCUACUGACUCUGGAGACUCCCCCCUUUCUGGCCCUCCCGCUUCUGAGGAUGGUUCCGAGGCUUAA